AUGGACGACGAUUUACCGACCGAUUUCCAAGUCAUCGUCGUUGGGACAGGUAUGGUGGAGUCAAUUGUAGCAGCAGCAUGCAGUAGAAUUGGUAAAAAUGUCCUUCAUUUAGACUCAAGUGAUCAUUAUGGAGGUCUCUGGGCUUCUUACAAUUUUGAUGGUCUACAAAAGUUUAUUAAAGAAGUUUCUGAGGAUCCGAAGAGGCAAGAGCAAGUUUAUAAUCUCAGUGAGAAAUGGUACAUAGAAAAAGACGUGUCAGAGGAAGCAGAAGAGAACAAGACUGAUGCAGACCCUGCAAAGAAAAUAUGGAGUCAAACAAAAUUUGCUGCUGAAUAUAGGAAAUUUAAUAUUGAUAUGACACCCAAGCUGUUAUUUUCUCGAGGGCCUCUCGUAGAACUAUUGAUAUCAUCAAACAUCGCCCGCUAUGCUGAAUUUCGAUGUGUUACACGCGUUCUUACGUGGUUGGACGAUCGCCUGAUGCCGGUGCCAUGCUCUCGAGCUGAUGUCUUUGCCACUGACUCUGUCAGCAUUCUCGAGAAGCGGCAGCUCAUGAAAAUGCUGACGGCCAUCGUUGGUAACACUGAAGAGGAGAUGGAACAAGAGUUUAAAGAUUGGAAUGAUAAACCAUUCAAAGAUUACCUCACUCACAAAGGACUUACACCUAACCUGAUCCACUAUGUGCUGUUCGCGAUCGCUGGUGGCACUGAUAAGAUGAAUUGCCGUGACGGAGUUAAGGAAUCCAAGAAGUUUUUAAUGAGCCUCGGUCGCUAUGGCAACACACCUUUCCUCUGGCCUAUGUAUGGAAGCGGGGAACUGCCUCAGUGCUUCUGCAGACUAUGCGCAGUAUUCGGAGGCGUAUACUGCCUAAACCGCCCAAUAGACAAAGUCGAACACAAAGUGGUCGACGAGGGCAAGUCUAUAGUUGUCAUUGAAAGCAAAUCUAAGACGUUGAAUUGUGACCACCUCGUCAUAGGGAUUAACGAAUGUCCCAAAGACCUGAUCUCCCCGGAACCGACAGAGAGUACUGAUAUUUCUAAAGCUGUGUUCAUCACAAAUGCUUCGAUUAUGCCGAGUGAGAAGGAGCCCCUGACGUUGUUACGAUUCCCGUCGCUAGAUGGCGGUGAUCACGCUGUUACGGUGUUAGAAGUCGGACCUGCUACCGGAUCUUGUCCUAAGGGAUUGUUCGUGGUAUACAUGAUAACCAGCAAGGUGACGGACGCGGAGAAUGACCUGAUGCCUUACGCACAAAGGAUUUUUGAUAUGAAUGCUGACCAAACCGAAACCACUGAGAAACCUAAGUGUCUGUGGUCGGUAUUCUACAACGUGCGAGACACGAGCGCGCCCGUCGCAAGUCUGGUUGACAACGUACACCUUUGCUCCGGACCUGACUCCGGACUUGACUUUGAUAGAGCUGUUGAACAGGCUGAACAAAUCUUCAAGAAGAUCUGCCCUGGCGAAGAGUUCUUGCCACGUGCCCCCGAUCCCGAGGAAAUUGUGUUUGAAGACGAUGCGGCACCCGGACCCGACUUCGAAAGGACCCUGGAGGAUGAAGAGGAACAGAAGCCGGAGGAGUAA